AUGGAGAACACCCAAGAAGCACUUAGUGACGCGGGGUCAGAUGGAAGCGCGAGCGCAGCGUCGCCAUCGCGCGCAAAACCAUCGAUUGUUGAUCGCGAAUUGGAGCUGGCGCGGAAACGCUUCGCGCUGGAGCGACGGGCGUUCGAGAUCGACAUCUCGAAGCGGGAGCUGGAGCUGGAGGAGCUCGCCAUCGCGAUCGAACGAGGUUCGGUCCAAGGCGUGCCGGGCAAAUUUACCGCUCCGAGUGAUCAGCAGCCCGAAUACGCGAUGGCGCCAGGCCACUCGUCGAGCCUGUACAUUGCUCCGAGUGCGCGACCUGCCGGAACCGCGCUACCACAGGAUCACUCGUUGAGCCACUUUGCCGCCACAAGUGCGCCACCGGUCGAAUCCGCGAUGCCGCUGGGCCACCCGUCGAGCCCGCACACUGCUCCGGGUGCGCGACCAGCCGAAGCCGCGAUGGCGCCGAGCCGCCCGUCGAGCGUUCACCCCGCUCCGGGUGAACGACCUACCGUAGGUCAUAGUACGGCGGGAGUCAUGGCCGCGAGUGCAAGUUGGCGUCACUCGUUGGCAUUUGCACCAAAUCGGCUGGAUUACCAGGAACGACAGUCCCAAGAAUAUGCGCGAUGGCGGCAAUACUUGGACGACUUCCACCAUUCCCGUGCCGGUCGAAGCCAACCUGCCACCAGCGAGCGGCACGACGCGAUGGCGGCUCCGGCAGCGGAAAAUGGUGGGCCGUCGAGCACCGUGAGGGAACCAUCACAGUGCACACGUGAGCUGAACGCGACACAGAAGGCGGCCAGGCGGAUUACGGAUGAUCUACCGACGUUUUCGGGGGACAUCACGCAAUGGCCGAUGUUUAUCUCCAACUUCGAAACGUCCACCGAAGUUUGUGGAUUUUCGGACGUAGAAAAUAUCUUCCGGCUCCAAAAGGCCCUCAAAGGACCGGCGUACGAGGCGGUGGAGCAGCUCCUUUUUUACCCAGAAGGCCUGCACGAGGCGAUGAGCGUGCUGCGCGAGGAGUUCGGUCGGACGGACCUUAUAAUUGAGGCGCUGAUCGACAAGGUGCGAAGGAUGCCUGGACCACGAGUGGAGCGUUUGGAGACUGUCGCAACGUAUGGAAAAGCAGUGCGAAACAUGUGCGCAACCAUUCGAAUCUCUGGGCUGAAGGAUUACGAAUGUAAUAUCGCACUGCUGAAGGAGCUGACGGAGAAGCUUCCCCCUACGUUACGGCUUCAAUGGGCGCAAACGAAGGAAUUCCUGCCGGAAGUGUCGCUGACGGAAUUCGGUAAGUGGAUUGCGGGAGUGGCCAAGGCUGUGAGCGGCGAAAUCUCCACUUUUCCCAGCAGCAGGACGCCGGACCGCCCGAGGACGGAAGCAGCUCCUCCGCGCAACAACGUGAACCGCGGGCAACAACCGACGCAACGACAACCAUGGAUCAACUACCACACCGCGGAGACCCGGAAGGAUGGCCCCUGCGUAGUGUGCAGUGGAGAGUGCCAGUCGUUGGUGCUUUGCAGCGGUUUUCUUGCGCUCACCCCGCGGCAGCGUACGUCGCUGGUGAAAGAAAAAGCAAUGUGCCAAAGGUGUCUACGAAGGCACAAGAAAACAUGCCGCGUGCGGGACAUUUGUGGCGAGAACGGGUGUCGCGGCAGCAACACACACUCUUCGGAGCCUGGGAAAAACGUAAACAAGGACCCAGCUGUUUACGAUCAGGCGAACAUCACGACGGCACACACUGGGACAAACACUACCGGAUUCGCGCACACCACUACCAUCAUAAACGAGCCGGAACGCGCACUCGAACACUGCAACGCGCACAUUAACGGCACUAACACCUUGUUUCGGUAUGUACCCGUUGUAGUAUACGGUGCUGGUGGAAAAAAGGUAAACACGUUCGCCUUCUUCGAUGAUGGAGCAUCAUCGUCAUUUGCUGAUCGUUCAUUGAUCGAUGAGUUGGGGUUGGUUGGGGUGCCGCAUCCGCUAUGUUUGAAGAUGACAGGAGACCGUGUGAGGCAGGAGGAUGAAUCGGUGGAGGUAAAGAUGACCAUUUCGGGGGUCCAUCCCUCGGCAAAGAUUUUUGAGCUCGCAAAGGUCCACACGGUGCGAAGCCUGUCCCUCUCCGAGCAGUCGGCGUGCAUGGAAGAGCUGGCGAAACGAUUCGAGCACCUGAAAGGCCUUCCCAUAGCAUCCUACGACAAGGCGGUUCCUAGGAUUCUAAUUGGCAUUGACAACGGCCAUUUAGGAAUUUCCCUCAAGAGCAAGGAGGGACGGGUGGGUGAGCCAAUGGCAGAGAAGACACGGUUAGGCUGGACCGUGUUUGGACCAGCUUUACCAAGUACGACUCCACCAAUGCAUAGCUUGUACCACAUAUGCUCCUGCGAGGUCGCUGAUACGACGUUGGAUAGCGCCCUGAAGGAGUAUUUCACGUUGGACGUAUGUGGGAUAACUAACCCGGGUCGGUUGUUAUCGAAGGACGAGGAAAGGGCGAUACAGCUCCUAGAGCGCGAAACACGCCUACUGGAUGGCCGAUACGAGACUGGUCUGUUGUGGAAGUUCGACGACGUUAGACUUCCACCCAGCAAAGAAAUGGCCUUGAGACGCCACAAGUGCCUCGUCAGGAAGCUAAAAAAAGAUAAAGUUUUAGCUGAAGCAAUGAAGUUAAAGAUGAAGGAGUACGAAGAGAAAGGUUAUAUAAGGCGUAUACAACCUAGUGAGCUGCUCAAGAGGGGACCAAAAGAUUGGUUCCUGCCCAUCUUUCCCGUCAGCAACCCAAAUAAGCCCGGAAAGAUUAGGGUAGUUUUCGAUGCGGCAGCGAAGGCGCAUGGUGAUAGCCUAAACGACCACUUGCUCCCUGGUCCGGAUCAGAUCGUUAGUCUGGUUGGCGUGCUACAUAAAUUUCGCGAACACCGAGUAGCAGUUGCCGGCGAUAUACGGGAAAUGUUUUUCCAGGUGCGUAUGAAGCUUGAGGAUCAGCGAAGUCAGAUGUUCCUCUGGCUAGACAGCGAUGACAUCGAUGCAGAGCCCGUAGUGUUUUCCGUCGCCGUGAUGACCUUCGGGGCAACAUGCUCCCCGGCAAGUGCGCACUUUGUAAAAAAUCGGAACGCCGAACGAUUUGCCGAAGAGUUCCCGCGGGCAGCUGAAUGUAUUAUAGGUGAGCACUAUGUAGACGACAUGCUGGCGAGCGCUGAAACGGAAAAGGAAGCGAUUAGUUUGGCAUCAACCGUUCGCUCCAUUCACGCUCAAGGCGGCUUUGAGAUUCGCAACUGGGUUUCGAACUCACAACGGGUGGCGGACGAGUUACGGUUGGAAGCAGAUUCCGUCGGGAUCGUAAACUUGUGCUGCCAAUCGGCGGUAGAGAAAGUGCUCGGCCUCUGGUGGGACACAUCUUCCGACACCUUUACCUUCAAACUUAAUCCCAGGCAUGACGAUGAGCUGCUGUCCGGGCUGAGAUCACCGACUAUGCGCGAGGUGCUGCGGACGUUAAUGAUGAUCUACGACCCCCUCGGACUCAUCGGCCACUUCCUGAUGUUCCUGAAGAUCCUCCUGCAGGAUAUAUGGCGAAGUCACAUCCAAUGGGACGACAUCUUGGAAGGAGCCCUUGCCGAGCAGUGGAUGGCGUGGGUUGCAGUCCUGCCCACCAUAUCACAGGUGAGAGUCCCUAGAUGCUACCGAAAUGUUUCACCAGUCGACACCGUCAACAUUCAGCUUCAUGUGUUCUGCGAUGCUAGCGAGAAAGGAAUGGCAGCGGUUAGCUACUUGCGAUUCGAACAUAACGGGUCUAUAGAGUGUGCUCUAAUUGGUUCGAAAACUAAGGUGGCUCCGGUGAAGCCCAUAUCCAUCCCACGGCUUGAGCUAAAUGCUGCAGUAAUUGGUUCACGACUGGCCCGCAGCAUUUGUAAUUCACAUCGUCUAACAAUUCAGCGUAAGGUUUACUGGACAGACUCCCGCAACGUUGUGUGCUGGCUUCGAUCAGACCACAGACAAUACAACCAAUAUGUUGCCUGUAGAGUUGGUGAGAUCCUGGAAGCAUCAGACACAAACGAAUGGCGAUGGGUCUCUACUAAGCUAAAUGUCGCCGAUGAUGGGACUAAGUGGUUGAAAGCCCCGGACAUGACUCCUUCAAGUCGAUGGUUCCGUGGCCCUAGCUUCUUGUGGGAGGCAGAAGGAGAGUGGCCACUAGCGACGGAUCCUGGAAUCACAUCAGCCGAGCUACGGGUGAGUCUGAUGCAUCAUGAGGCGUUUGAACAACUCAUCGACUACACCAGAUUUUCGAAGUGGAAGAGACUUGUCAGAGCCGUGGCUUAUGUUAACAGGUUUAUUGACAACCUGCGGCGCCGAGUACGGCGCGAAGCGUCACGUAAGGAGGAUUUGGAUCACGACGAAGUAAUUGAAGCCGAAAACACGGUAAUAAGGCUUGUGCAAGCAGCGGCGUUUCCAGCGGAAGUGAAACGCCUUAGGGAUACCACGAAAACAGCACACCCGUGGAAAACUCCUAUCGAAAAAGAUAGUACGCUGUACAAACUUACCCCGGACAUCGAUGAACACGGUAUAUUACGGGUACGUGGGCGACUGAGUGGCUGCAGGAUGAUCGACGAGGACCUGAAACGACCAAUAAUAUUACCAAGGAGACACUACGCAACCGAUCUGAUCAUCGCUGACCAGCACGAGAAGUACUUCCACACAAAUCAUCAAACCGUGGUAAACUACAUCAGAGGUAAAUACUACAUACCGAGACUUCGUGUUGAAUUCAACAGGGUUCGUCGAGCAUGCCAACAAUGCAAGGUCCGCCAGGUUCAGCCGAGUCCGCCGCUGAUGGGUAAUUUACCCGAACAACGUGUAGCAGUAAACCAGCGUCCGUUCUCAUACUGCGGGGUCGACUAUUUCGGUCCAAUCACGGUUGCAGUAGGAAGACGCCGUGAGAAACGAUGGGGUGUUCUAUUCACCUGCAUGACGGUACGAGCAGUACAUAUCGAGUUGGCACACUCUCUUUCGACGGAAUCCUGCCUGAUGGCGAUACGACGCUUCGUGGCCGAACGCGGAUACCCUACCGAGUUCCUGAGCGACUGUGGCACUAACUUCGUCGGAGCAGCACGCGCAUUAACCUCGGAGGUCAAGUGGACAUUCAAUCCACCGGGUGGGCCACACUUUGGAGGGUGCUGGGAGCGGUUAGUACGUUCCGUGAAGAACACACUUCAACGGAUGAAUCUCCCACGCACGCCGACGGACGAAGUUUUACUAACCACACUAAAAGAAAUAGAGAAUGUUAUCAAUUCUAGGCCACUAACAUACGUACCAUUGAACGACCUGGAUGACUCACCGAUCACGCCAAACCACAUCCUGGUUACCGGUCCGACACAGAUGCUUCACUCGUUACAUUUUCAGGAGCCACCACCAAGCAAUUUGCUUCAAUUUUUUAAAAACUUCCUUUAUUUUGGUGAUCCGAUGGAUUGCACAAAAACCUUCGAGGGGCUGUCAAGACGACUAAAGUGCAUCAUUGAAACAGUCAAGAAUAACGCGCAACAACUUUUCCUGCAGGAGGCGGGACAAUAUAUUGAAAGCCUACCUAAUCCUGCUAGAAAGGAAUAUAUACGCUUUCUGAAAGAAACACUUAUUCACGAAAGGAGUGGCAAGGAAGGGCCGGGCGCGACGUUUACAGGGAAAACACCUCCAAUCAGCGCAAGCUUGCGGGAACCCACCCUUCCACCAAGAACAUCGCUUGAGUUUUAUGCACGCUUCAUAUACACUGGGAAAGCAAGCAGUCUGAGCAAGUCGUUUAAAAAUCUUUCCGAUGCCUCGAAGGACAUCAUCGCCAGGAACCGUAAAGACAUGCAGCAACAAUACUUCGCCGCACUAAAACAAUUUUUGAAUAUGCUUCCAAAGCAGAAAGCGAAGGUUUAUAUAAGAUACCUGCAGCUGAAGGCCAAGGAGAAAACCGAGUGUCAGACUUUGUUGCUCAAAAGAAAUGAUGCAGUCAAACUGGUACAAGACGAUCCGUCCGCAUCACCUAAUCCAGAUACUGAAUUCAACGCAAAGGAAGCUUCCACCAUAGAAGAACUCCCCUUCUCGGACUCAACUAAUCCAGUUCCGCCAGAGGGAGAAACUCUGCCACCGCAUACGACUGAAGGAAAGCGGUUGAAAUCAAUCCUCAAGCGAAAGAUUGAUAUUGCUGCUUCGGGUAUGGCGGAGUUACCUAAGAAAAAGGUAACAUUUGAGUUGGCAGAAAGGGAAAGCGAACAAUCAACGUCUCGCGAUAAUCGACGUUCCGGAGUUUUGCCGAAGCGAAAAGUUACACCAACCGAUAUUGCUGAAUUUCACAAAAAAUACUUAUUUUUUGGGAAACCUGAAGAGCACGCAGCCGAGUACGCAAACUAUUCCAGCGAGUGCAAAGCGGCGAUCGAGGAGUUCCUUAAAAAUUAG